AUGAGUUCGCCCUAUUUUGACUACGUGCAAAAUUUAUCCCAGGAAUCGCCUGGCCCGUCGCUUUUGUUUGAAUUCUUGAGGGGUUCCUGUCUGCAGCCAGAGGUUGAGCAACUCGGAUGUAAUAUUGCGUCCUUGGAGUUUUACGAAGAUGGAGUUACGGAAUACUCUAGACUGAAUGCUGAAAAGCUCGCUAGUCAGAUAUCAAGAUACGCUAAACAUGAUACAGCGUCCAAAGCAGUGGGACUGUGUGUGUUGGUAGAAGACGUCAGGCCGGACGUCGUCGAAAUCCUAGGGGGGGCUUUUGAUAUUAAUCCCAAUUUUUUCGGUGAACAUAUCGAAAAAAGCUUUGUUGAGAUCGAGAGGAAUCCUCCAUCGUCACUCAUGACAUCUCUUCCGACACGUGUUGGGUCUGAGGGUUUCGUAAACAUCCACUACCAAAGGCCAAUCAAUUUAGGGGAUACGGAUACGCACUCAGAUUUCCCAUAUGAGAUAUACCUCCGCAACAAAGUGACACGGCCUGGAAGAUGUCUCCCAGCCCUCUUUGGGAAACGCAUCGGGUUUAUUCGCUCGUGUUUCUCUAUGUUACACAAGAGAAUUAAUGAUGAUCGAUGGAUCUGCCUCAUGCUAAUGGAUUCUCUAUCGGCUGAUGUUAUGGGCCACCUCUCAGCGGAUGAUAACGUACUGCGAGAUGAAUUCCGAGUUCGCCAGGUCCCGUAUAGAAGGAGAAAAAAUCAAAACCGACUGGUCGCAUUUUCUGAAUUUCAAACAGCUUCCCCUUCUAAGGAAGUGCGACCUAUGUCCAUGUUAGACGAGGUAGCGAUGUUGAUUCAAGAAUGCACACAAGCGUCGAAACAAUUACCAUCAACUUACGACAUUUCUAUACUAGCUGUUGGUCCAAUCAAAUUGAUAAUCGAUGAGUGGUUAACAUACUCAUUGAUAAUGGGCCGGUACGUGAAAGCUUACGAGUAUUCGAUCAAAAACGUCAGAGACCGUCUUUGCAAAUUCGACAGCGUUGAUAUCCUCGAGCUCUAUCGAUGGCGCCGACGUAGCCAGCAGAGUUUGUAUAAAUUGAACGUCUUAAGACACUUCGCCGAGUUUUAUGCAAGUACGGACGGAAAUAAUCACGGGAAUAACCUCCAUGAAGGCCUGGCGCGAGAUAUUUCAUAUGUCAUAGGCCAGAUUAAUCAAAAUGGCAAAGCGUUAGAAGCCAUGAUGCCUAUUAUGACAUCUAUCAUACAGCUUCUGGACUCUCGCAGGUCUACUAUUGAGUCGAUUUACGUUAAGCGCUUGGCAUACCCUCCCCUCGUGUUUCUGUUACCCUCCCUCGUUACUUCACUCUUCAACAUGAGUGAACCCUUUUCGAUCACAAGUAGUAAUUCUUGGAUAUACAUAGUAGUUGCAAUGAUCAUUUGACUACUGGCUUCGAAGGCCUUUGAAUGGCUAUUUUUGCGGCUUUAGCCAUUCCCCGAAAGGUGGUACGAAGGUAAGGGAAGACUUUGUGGGAUAUCACGUGAUCAGAAAAUAGGGGUAAAAGGGGUUCCCUAUGCCUAUCGAAACAUAACCUUGGUAGCUUCUUAGACAUGC